AUGUUGGAGUUUGGUGGAAGCUGGGUCGGAGAAUCGUUGUUCCUGAUAUGCGAUAAGAGCUACCAAAUUGCCUCCGCAUUCACCAAGUUUCUCUCUUCUUCACCUUCUUUGGUGCUUUUCGCUAUGAGUUCCAGGUUUGCCAAUCGCAGGAAGCCGCGUAAGAUCGGGGGUAGUGAUGAGGAGGACGAUGGUGCUGCGCCAGAGCCAGUGGUCAAGAGACCGGCGAACUCGAAACCGAAACCGAAAUCUAAAUUGCGCAUGUCAUUUAAUCCCAGUGAAACCUCGAUGAACGAUGACGAAGACCAAGAAAGCGAGGUAGUCAUUCCGAAACGACAUGGUCUGGGACGCAAAGCUAUGGAACGAAGUGCUGGCCAGCAUACUGCUUCACAGAAUAUGUCUGCUCGGAUCAACCAGGACCAAGAUCGACCAACAUACAGCAACGACUACCUAAAGGAAUUGCGGGACUCGACGCCCUCGACACCGAAGACGAGCACCGAUGACGAACCGAGCAAGGCCGUUGAUGUGGCAGCGAAAUUCGGAGAGGUUAUGACCGUCUCGGGUCAAUCGCACAUACCCAGUGAAGCCGAGAUCCGAGAAAAGAAAGCUCGACGAGCGCGUCUGGCCAUGGAACACGGUGCCGAGGAGGACUUCAUCUCAUUAGAAGACGAUGACGCGGCUCAUGUCAGUGACUGGGAUGCAGUGGUGAGAGGAGAGAAACCAGCCCCAGACACAAGACUCAUCCGAGACGAUGAGGACUUUGCGGAAGGGUUCGAGGAGUAUGUGGAGGACGGCAAGAUCUCGCUUGGGCGUAAAGCAGAACGCGAAAAGAAACAAAAAGACCGUGAAGCAAUGCGAGAACUCAUCAAUGAUGCUGAGGGGAUCUCUGACGAGGAUGAUUCCGAUGUCGAAGAGAAGGCUGCGUAUGAAGCAGCACAGACCAAAGCUGCUAUGGGACAUGGCAAGUCUGAUGGUAUCGACCGACCGAAGACUCCUCCCAAAGUGACUUCACUGCCUCGGCUGGCCAGCAGUUUUGAAAGAUUGCGCAUGUCUCUGGCAUCCAUGCAGAAUGCGAAAACGCAAAUGAUCGCCCGCAUGGAAGAGUUGCGGAAGGAGAAGGCCGACAUCGCGGAUCGUGAAUUCGAGAUCCAGGCUAUGAUCAAAGAGGCUGGUGAUAACUAUGAGCGGCUCAAGAAGGAAGCUGGUGUUGACCCGACUGCCGAGGAUGAUGCUUCAAAAGGGGCUCUCGAGAAGUCCAGAGGAUUGGAAAGUAUUGGUGCGCCUGUGCCGGUGUCAGAUUCCUCUGAUUCUAGCUUUGAGGAGUCUUGA